UUUUUUUUUUUUUUCCUUUCACUUUCAUCCAUAUCACUAUUAUAAUCCUGAACAUUCUCGAACACAAAGCAUAACAAUAACAUGAUAUUUGAUUCAGCACUAAUAGACGAAGUGACUAUCUAUAGUUUAUUAGCAGUAGUUGGUAUUCUUAUUGUGUCAUUGCUUGCCUCCCGGAUAUUGUUACCUUCAUCUUCAGGUCGUGUGGACCAUGCGACUUUUGUCUGGUUUACUUUUGAUGCUCUGAUUCACUUUAUCUUUGAAGGUUCGUUUGUUUAUCAUAGUACUUUUGGUCGCACUGUUAACUCUGGCACCGACAUGUUCGCUCUAUUAUGGCAAGAAUAUGCAAAGGCAGAUGGACGUUGGGGUUUAGCGGAUGCCACUGUUGUAUCGAUUGAAAUAAUGACAGUGUUUGUGGAUGGUUUGUUAUGUCUGUUGAUUUUACGUCAAUUGGUCAAGAAUGAUCCCUCUCGUCAUUUCUGGAUUGUGGUGGUCAGUGUUAUUGAAAUUGUUGGUGGAUGGAUGACUUUUGCUCCAGAAUGGUUGACUGGAUCUGCAUAUUUGAACACAGAUGUAUGGUUAUGGCAUUAUAUUUAUCUUUGGUUCUUCAAUGGAUUAUGGGUGAUUAUACCUUUUGCACUUAUCAUUCACUCUUACAAUGCCAUUGUGAAGGGAUUGAAAAAGAACAAGAAACGGAAUUCUGGUGACAAAUCGAACAAUGGCAACCGCAAUGACAGUGGCAAAACCAACAGUGGAAAAAGCAUCAAUACCGAUAAGAAAAGUAGCAAGAAACACAGCAAAAAGUCAAAAUAGAUGAAUGGAGAGAUUGUCAUAUGGGCGGUCUCGGAUUAUAGUCAGUGACUGUAAUAGUACUGUAGUAGUCGUAGUCGUAUUUUUAUGUAUUUAUUACAAUAAACGUUAGUUCUUCUCUUCUGAAGCUUUUUGAAAUCAA